AUGGCCCAAAUCCAGCAACCCGAGCCUGCCAAGGAAAACAAGCCCUAUGCAGAGCCCCUUACCAAAGAGAUCGACCUCGUACAGAGGGACCCCAAGAAAAUUAACGAAGACGUGGUACAGGUGGACUUUGAAGAUGUCAUUGCUGAGCCAGACAGCAUUCACAGCUUCGAUGGAGUGUGGAAAGCAAGCAGCACUACGUUCACCGUCACCAAAUAUUGGUGUUACCGGGUGCUCUCAGCCAUCCUGGGCCUUCCACUGGCCCUGAUCUGGGGAUUCCUUUUUGCCUGCCUGUCCUUUUGUCACAUAUGGGCUGUAGUUCCCUGCGUCAAGAGUUACCUGAUGGAGGUCCAGUGUCUGGGUCAGUUCUACGCAGUGUGUGUCCAUACCUUCUGUGAUCCAAUCUUUGAAGCUGUGGGGAAGGCACUGAGCGGAAUCCGUGUGGCGCUCAGAAAAGAAGUUUGA